ACACAAUAACGGAUUUGAAUAACAGCGGUCCAUAUAAACGCUACUUCUGUAACGUAUUUGGAACCUUACUCUAAUAACUUUUAGCUUCAUUUAUUAACAGUGCGUCCUGAUGUCAUGCUGGCUUUAUUUCUAGUUGCCGUCUGUUAAUUUAUCUAUUGAAUAUAAUCUUACUCACUGCUCCUCACACCCCUCAGCACACAAGGUACCUCCUGCCUAAACACAAACCAACGAAAGUCCAAAUUUACACUUUUUGUUGGUAAUGGAACAUUGUAGAUCUUUGAAAUGGUUUGCAAGACCGUCAAACAAAUCAAAGGUAUCAGAUUUUCGAAAUAGGUAUAAGUAUGUCAAAGGCAAUUCAUUCUUUUGGCGCUCGGUAUCUAGUUCUUUUAAGUGGAAUAAAUGCACUUAUUCUAAUUCAACUAGUCUGCCUGCAAAUAAGUAUAGUUCCUCUGGUGUAUAUUCUAAAUUUAGUGGUAGUCAGACAUAUAACACAGGGAUUAACAGAGGUAGACCUUACCAUUAUACUAGGGGACGUUAUUGCUUGAUAAUUCCCGACCGAGGCUUUCCACAUCACAAAGAUAAAUUAUGCUAUAAGGGGAUUCCUAGUAGUAGUGUAACUCGUGUUUUAGAGAAUCAUUCUAAUUCUCUACCUUGCAAUAGCAAUGUAUUAAUCUCUAAAACAAGUCGAUUUAGUUAUAUUAAGCCUGGUAGUUCAGCUUGCUCGAGUUCUGUGUGUAAGGAAAACUUCAAGGUCGUUACGAGGUUUUCCAUUAAAAAAAUGAUCCAGCGCAAUGUACCUCGUUCAUCUACACAUCAAUAUAAGAAAAUUGUUCGAAAAGCUGUGCAUAGUUUAAAAUUUCGUCGUCAUAUGGUUUGUCAAAGUUACUGCAGGACUGGGUCUUGCUCUGCACUGCCGUGUUCUUACUCGCAUGAUAAAAACUACCUGCGUAUCUGUCCAAGGUUUUUACAACAAAGCUGUUCUUUGGGAAGCGGCUCUUGCCCACUCGCUCAUGUGUUGGAUCCAUGUAGACUACCACAAUGCACUUACUAUGAAUCUGGAAAGUGUGAACGUGUUAACUGUCCUUACUUACAUGUAAGACAUCCUCCGAAGACUGCUGUAUGUUUGAAGUUCUCCCUUGGUCGUUGCCCACUAGGUCGCAUGUGUAAUAAACGGCAUAUAUGGUUGCACACGUCAUUUUCGAGCAAAUCUAGUCAUCAGAAAACAAAGAGAACAUUUGCUUCUAGAAGCCUCUGUGAAACUUUUCCUCCCAAACAGGAAAAUACGUUUGACUAUGAUCAUUCUAGUCCUACUACUGCUCCAGCUGGCUCAUUACGCAACGUAUAUCCUCCUCCGGAAUUCAUUCCUCUUAUCUCAGACAAUGAUGAUUUCAUGACACCUACAGAUACUAACUGUUCUUGAACUUCUAAUACCAAACUUUCGUUUGCAUUUGAUGGUGAACAUAAUUAUCUAAUUUCGCUACCUUGAUGUUGUGUAAUUCCAGAUUUUUUAAUCUUUUUUUUUUUAAAUUAAUUUUUUUCUCAUAUUUUUCUAAAUCAAGUACUGUACUCAUAUCUUACUUGGACUUUCGCUUCCCUAUCACUGAUGGAAAACUGUAUAUUGCUAUCAUUAAUUUCGUCGCUUUAUAAGAUUUAUCAGCUUUUAUUAACUGUAUUUUCUUCGUCAACAUUUCUAAUAAAAUUUCCCAAACAUUUAAGGUGUAUAUAGCUGCGAUAACAUACACACGAAGAAUAAACAGAAACGAAACGGCAUUUAGAGAAUGAUCGUAACAGUCCACUCAAUAUUUACAAGAAAAAAGGGGGUUGCGUUCUUUGCUUUCGAA